GACCCUGUGGCGAUUGGCCUGCAGCGGCGCUGCCUCACCAAUGGGAUGGGAGGUUGGUACAGGGGGGGACCGUUUUCUCUUCCCUUCUUCCUAGUCGCUGCGGGGCCUGGCGGAGCGAGCGCCGCGCGCCGGCUGAGGUUGUGCGGGGCCGGGCCCGAGCGGGAACAUGGCCGCGGAGCCGGAGAGCCCGAACCCCAGCGCCCGCAUCAUGACGUUCCGCCCCAGCGCCGAGCAGUUCCGGGACUUCAGCCGCUACGUCGCCUACAUCGAGUCCCAGGGCGCCCACCGGGCCGGGCUCGCCAAGGUAAUUCCCCCAAAGGAGUGGAAACCACGAACAUGCUAUGAUGAUAUUGAUGAACUGGUCAUCCCGGCUCCAAUUCAGCAGGUGGUGACUGGACAAUCUGGCCUCUUCACACAGUAUAACAUCCAGAAGAAGGCUAUGACUGUCCGGGAAUUUAGAAGAAUUGCAAAUAGUGACAAGUACUGCACACCCCGAUAUACUGACUUUGAGGACCUUGAGCGGAAAUACUGGAAGAACCUCACUUUCAAUGCCCCCAUCUAUGGUGCUGAUGUUAAUGGCACACUCUAUGAGAAGCAUGUACAUGAGUGGAAUAUUGGCAGGUUGAACACAAUCCUGGACGUAGUGGAGAAUGAAAGUGGCAUAACCAUUGAAGGAGUGAAUACCCCUUACCUCUACUUCGGCAUGUGGAAAACCUCCUUUGCCUGGCAUACUGAGGACAUGGACCUCUAUAGUAUUAAUUACUUGCACUUUGGAGAACCCAAGUCAUGGUAUUCCAUCCCUCCAGAGCAUGGGAAGCGACUGGAGCGACUUGCCAAAGGCUUCUUUCCAGGAAGUGCCCAGAGUUGUGAAGCUUUUCUCCGUCACAAGAUGACCCUCAUCUCUCCAUUGAUAUUGAAGAAAUAUGGCAUCCCAUUUGAUAAGGUGACACAGGAAGCUGGAGAAUUCAUGAUAACAUUCCCUUAUGGUUAUCAUGCUGGCUUUAAUCAUGGGUUUAAUUGUGCUGAAUCUACCAACUUUGCUACUCUUCGGUGGAUUGAAUAUGGAAAGCAGUCUGUGUUAUGCUCAUGUCGGAAGGAUAUGGUGAAGAUCUCCAUGGAUGUUUUUGUGAGGAAAUACCAGCCAGAUCGCUACAAGCUCUGGAAAGCAGGGAAAGAUGUGACUGCCAUUGACCACACUCUUCCCACACCAGAGGCAGCAGAGUUCUUCAAGGGGGAGCUCCUCCAGAAAGUCAAGAAUGGGAAGCAGUGCAGUGAGGAAAUAGAAACUGGGGAGGCAUGUAAAGAGGAUGUGGACAUGGACGAGAAGAAGAGUCUGCCCAAGCAUCGGAUAGGAACCAAGAGGCACAGGGUCUGCCUCGAGGUGCCCCAAGAGGUGAGUCAGAGCGAAGCCUUUCCGAAGGAGGAGCUGAGCUCUGUGCAGUAUGAGGUGGAAGUGGCAGAGCCUCCUGUCAGACCCACUAGUGAGCUUGUGCAGCAGGGCGAAGAUGGACUCCCAGUUUCAGAUUAUGUGGAUUCUUCAGAAGUCAAAUUUGAAGAACUGAAAAAUGUGAAACUGGAGGAGGAGGAGGAAGAGGAGGAAGAGCAAGAGGCAGCUGCCCUGGAUCUUUCCAUUCCUCAUUCAGUCAAUUCCACCUCGGCCUUCACUGCUUCUAAGCCGAGUUCAGCUUUCAGCCUUCAGCCCAGCUCUCCAGCAGAGUCUACGUCUUCCGACUCGGAGUCAGCUGAGCUAUUGCCCCGACGAACGCUCGGCCAGGCCACGGUUCUUACUGUCCAUAGCUAUGCUAAAGGAGAUGCCAAUGGCGCUGACAGUGAACAUGCUUCAGGGAAGAAAGCCAGCACUACAGCCAGUGUGAAUGAACAGGAGCUUGCAGAGGUGGCGAAGGAGUACAUGAGAUCAAUGAAAGAGAGUAAAAAGUCAAAGGGUCGUCGCCAGCCCUUGAGCAAACUUCCUCGUCAUCAUCCUCUUGUGGUUAAAGACUGCAUCAGUGAUGAUGAGAUGUCGGAGCAACUGACUCCUGAAGAAGAGGCUGAGGAGACAGAGGCUUGGGCCAAACCACUUAGCCAGCUGUGGCAGAAUCGCCCUCAGAAUUUUGAGGCAGAAAAAGAAUAUAAUCAGACCAUGGCUCAGCAGCCCCCUCACUGUGCUGUAUGCAUGCUGUUCCAGACCUACCAGGCAGAAUGUGGAGGCCAUGGUCAGAGCCCUGGAGUUGCUCCAGGUACUGCCACCAGGAAGGUACGAACCAAACCUCUGAUUCCUGAGAUGUGCUUCACUGCAACUGGCUGCAGCACUGACCUCAAUCUCUCAACCCCUUACCUGGAGGAAGAUGGAACCAGUGUCCUGAUCACCUGCAAAAACUGCAGUGUCUGUGUUCAUGCUAGUUGUUAUGGUGUCUCCCCUGACAAGGCCACUGAAGACUGGAUGUGCUCCAGGUGUACAGCCAAUGCUUUAGAGGAGGACUGCUGCUUGUGUUCAUUACGAGGAGGUGCGCUGCAGAGAGCCAAUGAUGACAAGUGGGUCCAUGUGAUGUGUGCUGUAGCUGUACUGGAGGCAAAAUUUGUGAAUAUUGCAGAGCGCAGUCCAGUGGAUGUUGGCAAAAUCCCCCUGCAGCGCUUCAGACUGAAAUGCAUCUUCUGUAAGAAGCGGAGGAAGAGAAUUGCAGGUUGUUGUGUGCAGUGCUCUCAUGGUCGCUGUCCUACGUCCUUUCAUGUCAGCUGUGCUCAAGCAGCUGGAGUCAUGAUGCAGCCUGAUGACUGGCCAUUUGUUGUCUUCAUUACCUGCUUUAGGCAUAAGAUUCCAUCCCAGGCAGAGCGAGCUAAAGCUGCUCUGCAGGAUCUCUCAGCUGGGCAAAUGGUCAUCAGCAAGCACAAGAACGGUCGUUUCUAUCAGUGCGAAGUGGUCAAUCUUACAAAGGAAACCUUCUAUGAAGUCAACUUUGAUGAUGGCUCCUUCAGCGAUAACCUCUAUCCAGAGGACAUUGUGAGUCGAGACUGUCUUCAGCUGGGUCCUCCUGCUGAAGGAGAAGUCGUGCAAGUCAGAUGGACAGAUGGACAAGUCUAUGGAGCCAAAUUUGUGGCCUCACAUGCCAUCCAGAUGUACCAGGUGGAAUUUGAAGAUGGAUCCCAGCUGAUGGCGAAGAGAGAUGAUGUGUACACCCUUGAUGAGGAGCUUCCAAAGAGAGUCAAAUCAAGGCUGUCAGUAGCUUCAGAUAUGCGCUUCACAGAAAUCUUCACAGAGAAGGAGGUCAAACAAGAGCGGAAGAGACAAAGAGUGAUCAACUCACGCUAUCGGGAGGAUUACAUCGAACCUGCCCUGUACCGGGCCAUCAUGGAGUAAGCACUGCCUAUGGUAGAGAAGGAGAGAUGCCAACCUCCCAAUGGAUUCUAACACUCCAGUACAACAGAGGCCAAACUUGGACAUUUCAAAUCCAUGUUUUUUUUUAAAAGGAAGCUACAAUACUGUACCCUGCAGUAGCUGAAAGGAGAUUGUUGGAUGGUGGAACCAUUCAGUGUUGCAACAGUGGAUGCCUGCCUGCAGGCUCCUCCCCUGAAGUUGUCUGCACUGAACAAGUAUCUGGCAAGCCAGCUUGGGAGUUCUGCCUUCCACAGCUUAUCUCCUCAAACAGUCUCUCACUGUUUCUGCUUGUCUGAGACAAAAUUGACAGGUGGCAAACUCUUCUGGGAACUUCACCUGGGCAUCUUGGCAGCUGCAGGAGGAUACAAAAUGUGUAGUUUUUGUUGAAUAAUGUUCCUGAUUCUGGGAGUCUCUCCCCAAUGGCCACACCUGCACCGAGCAGGCAGUAUUACUGGUGCUUGACAUUGAACCCCUUUUUAUAUUUAUAUCUGUGUGUUUUGUCUGGAGCAGCUUCAGUUUCUUGUUUCUCAGCAUCUGCCCUCUGAGGGUGGAGCGUCAGGCUGUGCAGAGCCAAGUGGAUUGGAGGCGUUUGUGUGAAGAGAUGAAAUGUGAAAAUCAAAUCCGAUUGGACGAGCUAUUUAACCCUCCAUUUAGCUUUUGUUCUCAUUUGAUAUUUUGAGACUUACUCGUGUUUAACUGUAAUGGUCUGUGCCUACGUAUAAAUAGGAAUCUGUCUGGAGCCUCCUGCAGUGCAGCCCUCUAACAAGAAUAUUCAUUCAGCCCCCAAAGAGUACUUUAGCGUACGCUUCACUAAGGCAAUAAAGACCAAAGGGUCCUCCUAGAGAGCCAAGCACCCCAGUAUUGGUCAUGACAGGGCAGCAGGAUCGGUAGAAUCCAGCACCUUGUCUGUGGCUAUGCUGCCACACGCUCUUACCUAGGAUAAUUAGAUGUGAGUCUAGGACCCAGUUACAAGAUGCACUGAACUGUACCCGUUAAUGAAUGGUUGUGUAGUGCCACUCAGAAGCAGAAGUGCUGCCACGUUCUUCUGUCCGGCCACAGCUGGUAGGGCAUCUGUGCUUUAAAAUCCUGUGUAGAGCAUUAAUUGGACACACUCUUAGUUGUAUCGGAUAGACUUGACUAUCCCAGCAAUGGAAAGCUGUCAGUUCAGGAGCCAUGCAUUGCCUGUAUCCUGAAGAUGUUCUGACACGCUCCUAGUAAAGCAUUAACAAGUUAAAGCAGCAAUUGAAUAAGGAUGUGUGGCUUUCCCACCCUCUGGGAAAGGGAUUUUAGACUGUGGGCAGACUGGCUGCCUUCCAGCUGCAUGGAGUGACUUGGGUAGUUUCCCUUUGUUGAGAGAAAAAAUCGUACAAAUAUACUCAGUUUUUUUAUUUUAAUUCUCUUCACUGACAUAGACCCAUCGCUGUAGUAAAGGGACCUUGUGUACACAAGACCCUGAUUUAUAGCAGUUUCCUCUUUGUUUCUAUAAGAACACUAUAAACCAAAUUAUUUUGAAAUCUGGUGCAUCAACUUGUUGAUUAGCAAUAAAAUGUAGUGUUGUGCAGUGACUUUUUGACUCUUGAUCAGCAAAAUAAUAAACAACAAGCUUUUUUGAAAAAUAAUCCUCUGUUUAUACCAAAACUCUUCUAGGAUCAGGAUACUGAUGUGACUAUACAAAUUUCUAGUGCUCAGGCUUGCUCUUGGAUGUCCUUCUCUUACAAUGUGUGGGAGAAGCCCUUGUUAAUCAGCAUUUGGGCAGAUUCCUGGAAGGAACAGGGCCUUCACUUUGUACGUUUUCCCAGUAACUUAAUUCAUCGUGGUCAGUUUCAAAUGUUAAUGAAUUAUUCUGGUAAGCAUUGGAAUUGUUAACAUGUAAAACUGGGACAUUGUAAAAUUGUCAUAGUAUCUGCAAGUGUGCAGGUGUACGAAAUGAGAAUCGGUUAGAGCUGCAAGUUGGCAACUCCUUUCGAUGCCAUUUUUGUGACUAACGAAAGGAAGGGAAGCUGCCAGCAUCUCUUUGAAUCUGCCCUCUAGUCUUCUAAUGUACCUGGGAUUCACUUUAAUUCCCUCUAGACUGAAUGCUGUCCUGUUCAUCAUGGGAAAAUCUAUUCUGCUUUUCCCUCCUUCCCCCCCCUCCCAAAAAAGGGUACCAAUUUAGCUGUCUGGAUGAUGUAGAGGCUUCCUACCCAAUCUGCUAUAUUACCUGCAUGGACUGAGUUUCCAUUCUAGGUGGUGAUACUAUAUGUCUGGUAUAAAUACCUAUCUACAAAGAAGGCUCCCACCCUAAAAUGACAACCUAGUGCAAGGCAGCUGGGCUUGUGCCCUGCAAGGGUUCCAGGUCAGUUACACCAUGCUUUGUCACCUGCCUCUCUCAAUACUGAGUGACUUUCAAGAGCGUUUCCAUGCUCGGUAUUAGUUCUGGUCAGGGAGCUCUGACCUGAUGUGACCCAAAGUGUUCUCUGUAAAUGGACUUCAGACUGAUGGUCUUGUCGCUGUCUGCACUGUCUUGGAAACCACUGCCAUCCUUGCUGAGUUUCCUGCAUCAUUGGAUAAAGGAAGGUUGUCCCAUUUCCCAUUAACUGCAUUUAACAAUGUAGUUUAAUAAACACCUAUAGAUGAAAACCUCAUUUCUGAUUGGUUUAUACCUGACCCACUUUCUGGUGACUUAGACCUGCACUCCAGCACCAGGCUAGGUGCACAAAUCGAAAUGAGAGCAGAAUUCCUCGUGUUUAACACACCAGGGAGUCCAUGUCAUUUUUUGACUCCAAGUAGAAUCCUUACGUUUGUAGACGGAUUCUGUAGGCACCUCCAUUAAUGUGCUUAAAAUAUAAGGGGCAGAAAUUAGCUCUUAAAAUAGCAGCUGUACAAUAUUUAACUUGUGUUUCUACAUUGUCCUGUUGUGUGAGAAAACUGACCUUGUGCUCUGACUCAUUCUGGUGUGUGUGGGUCCUUCACACACUAUUGUGUCAUUGGAAAAUGUCCUAAUUCCCUUCCUCUGGAGUCCUUCCAAUCUCAGGACAAGUGCCAUUAGGAUGCCAGUUGAGCAGGUGCUUUUGGAAUAUAUUUAAAAUAGGAAGUUACUUCUAGAAACGUGCUCAAAACACCAAUGUUGAUGCUAACCCAUCCCAUAGGGAAGCACUGGGUGAGAGCUAUUCAGUCACUCCAUUUGGUGUGGCAUUGCAGAUCAUGGGCUGCAUCCCCUUUCCUCUUGUGCCAAGUCUGAUUUUUGGUUCAGGUUGGGCUCUUAGCAAACUGUAGAAUGGAGCUGUCUGGAUGUAAUCCUGGGAAAGGCUGGCAGAUCCGGUUUCCUUUUUGGAACUGGGAAGCUAGUGUCCUGUUUUUGCUAACCGCUUAUUGUAGAUCCCCUCUUUGUGUCCAGUCUUCUAGGAGAACUCCUGCUGCACUAGCAGGGUCUUCUGACAGGCAGGGAAAGUGGUUUCAAUGGUUACACCCAUUUUCUAAGAUCAUCCUUCCCAAUUUCUGAGUGAGACAGAGCUCCCAUCUGGGGUUAAAUGAGUUCUGUAUUGGCGUGAUCAGGAAUGCCUGGGAUGAGAGGUGUGUCGCCCUUCUCUGGCCACCCAGCCUGAGGCUUCCAUCUUUAUCUACAGUUCCCAUGCUCCACUGGGCUCCUGUUGUCUGACCUGUCUACGGCUGUGCUUUGUUUUUUUUAAUGCGAACGUGGGAGGGAAUAAGACUCCAGCAGCCUCUGUAUUGUUUUUAAUUUGAUCUAGUAAUAAACAUAAUUAACUUCAAAA